UGGUUUCACUUGCAUUCUCCCCAGUUCCUUUUAGCCUUUAGAGUUUUUUUAGUUUCUUGGUUAAAUUUGAAACUUAAUUAAUGGCACCUAAGAAGAGAGGAAAACUGGAAGUACUUCUCGUUGAUGCUCAUGGAAUCACACACACAAAUUUUAUUGGUGACUUAAAAAGAUAAAAACGUUUUUCAUAUGUUUGUAUAUCUAAUCAGUUAUCAAACUUAAGUAGCUCUCAUUUCGAGUAUUUGGUUGCAGGAAGUCCUGUGUAUUAUGUGUUGUUACAAUGUGGGACAAAGGAAUACCGAAGCAAAAUGUCCAAAGGUUUUAUGUUUUGUUAGUGAAUUUUUUUUGUUUCCCUUCUGAACCAAGCUUAUUACAAAAGAUAUGUGUGUUUUGAAAGCAGGUGAUAAUGACAACGCAUUGUGGAACCAAAAGUUUGUGUUCGAUUUCCCAAUGUAUCAAUGGAAGAAGCUGACCCACAUCAAGGUUAGAAUCAUGGACAAAGAGCUCUUCAAAGAUGGUGGAUUUGUCGGUGAAACCAUAAUUCAUCUUGGAGGGAUAAUAACCGAAGGACGUGACAGAGGAUACAUAGAAGUCAAACCAGCUCCAUACAAUGUUGUGCUUGACGAUGACACAUUUAAAGGCGAACUAAAACUUGGCUUCAGAUUCACUGCAGCGGAUAAAUUGCAUAUCAACAAGGCAUGGGAAGUGAAGAUAGAGGGUAAAAACAGUGAAGAGCCAAUGAUUUCUCCAGUUCUGAAUCUGAUGAAGCUCCCUUUGUUAAGGUUUCUCAUCUAUUGUUUCCGGAAAACAACCAAAUAUCAACUAAAAGAUAACUAAAAUGAUCAAAGGUUUAGCCUCAAAACUAUUUACUUCAGCUUGUCUUUUUUUCAUUAUUUUGAUGGCUCACAUAACGCUUAAUUAGUAGUAUUACAUAACCCUAUUCGGAUUAGUUGUCAGUUACUAGGAUGAGAAAUUUGUUUGAUUUAUGUGUUUGUGCAAACAUUAUAGGUUCACAGCUGCAUGGACAAGAAUGCAAGGUCUCAUCGUUGCAGAAUUUCUUUAUUGUUUGGUCGUCUACAAAACAUUUCCUAUUAAUAAAAUAUAUUAAAUUUUGAUUAUAAAUGCAUUAUUUUUUGUGUUUAAUUAUUUUUCAUAUCUUUUAACCAAUAAAUAUUCAAUAAACAUAAUUAAUUUUUUUCAAAGUUUACAAUUCAUCAUUAUUAUCUGAUAAAAAUACAUUGAAAAUGUAAAAAAAAAAAUUUACUUGAAACAAUUGUUUUCUAAAAUACAUUUUUAUGAAACCAAGUUAGUACUCCAUGUGUUUAAAAAUGAUCUAUUUUUAGAAGAAAAAAAUUCAAGAAAAUUUAUAUUUUACAUUUUCAAUGCACUUUUUAUGAGGUAAUAAUGAUGAAUUGUAAACUUCAAAAAAGUUAACUAUGUUUAUUGAAUUUUUAUUGGUUAAAAGUUAUGAAAAAUAGUUAAACACAAAAAUAAUGCAUUUAUAAUCAAAAUUUAAAAUGAUUUUUAAUAUUUGUGAAAAUCUCCAAAACAUAUAUUUUUGAAAAGAUGGGAUUUUUUUUAAAGAAUUUAAAAUUUAUUUCAGACAGAGAACAUUGUUACAAUAAAUAUGACAUUGUUGUCAAUAGCUAGUAGAAAAAAGCAGAGUUACUGUCCUAGAUCUCUUGCUGCAAACCAGGUCGUCAUUAGCCCUUGAUACUUGCCACACAAAAAAAGAAAAUAUUUGGAUUAGUUGUCAGUUACUAGCAAUGACACAUUUGUUUGAUUUCUAAGUUUGUACAAACAUUAUAUGUUCACAGCUGCAUGGGCAAGAAUGCAAUGUCUCAUCAAUGAAGAACUUCUUUAUUGUUCGGUCGUCUAUAAAAGCAAUUUUCUAUUCGUAGCUAGGGAUUUCAGUUUCUCAAUUAACCAUUUCAAGGUAUCGUGAUGGGCAAGAAUAAGAAACUAUUGAUGACUUUUAUUUUUUUCACCUUCAAUCUCUAAUAUAAUAAUUGGCAUGCAUUUAUAUCUUUCAAUGAAACAUUUUUCUUAGUUUCAAUUAAUUUCUCAACCAUAGCUAACAACUUAGCUUACACAUAUUUUGGGGAUUAAUUAAAUUAUAAGAUAUUUUUAUUUGCUAUUUCUUUUCUACCUAUUUUUGUUUUUAGUUACGUUGUUUGAUGUUACAAAAAAAAAGUUACGUUGUUUGAUAAAUAAUUUUGCUACUGAAUUUCCUUACUUUUAUAUAACAAAACAGAGAUUUCUAUUAAUAAUCUAAAGUUUUGUGUUACUUAUAUAGUUAUAUUAUAUGUAAGCAUUCAGGCAUUAGUUUUAGACUUUUAGUGUAUAAACUGAUUUUUCCUGAAUAUGUUAGAUAUGUUAAAUAAAUGACAACAAAUGAACUAUAGCAGGUAGAUGUUGGAAGUAAUUAAUAUAAUAAAAUGCCAUUAGUAUAUUAAAAUACUAACCCAGGAAAUAAAAUAUAUGCAUAAGAUAGGUGGGCUCUGUUACAACGAGAAAAUGGUAUGCACGUCUCUGUCUUACGCACGAACCAUGCAAUAUAUAUUGUCUCCUCCAUUACAUUAGGUUAUCAUGUGCUAAUCUUAACAUUCGUACCAAAAAAAGGUUAUCAUGUGCUAAAUUAUAAGAACAUAAUUCAAAUUGAUAAAACUAGUCACCUAUUAUGAGUUGCAGACUUGCAGUUGAUCGUGUGGCCUACAUGCAAACUCCAGCCAUGUGGAUAGUUGAUCUAAUUUUAAUAAACGAUAGACACAUAAAGAUAAAAUGAAAUUUCCAGUAGAGGCGUUGCAAGACCGACCAGAGAUUAGUUCUUAAUUAAAGAAUGGUUACUAUGGUCAAGAUCAGGUGAUAUAUAUCAUAUACGUUGAACCUUCACAAAAAAUGAAGAUCUUUUAAUAAAAUUAAAUUUCAACAAAUUGAUCAUGAUCGAAUUUUUUAUUCUUAAAUAACCCCGGGAUUUUAAGUUGUAACACAAAAAAAAAACAAUGCUAAAUUUACAUUUCUAAAUUCGUAAA